AUGACAACAAAAUCUAUGACGUCAUAUACGUAUAACGAUACCCUCAAAGUUUACUGCAAUGUAUAUCGGAACGGCAUUCGCAGUGCUGCCACUACUGGCAGUGCAUAUCGGAACGCACCCUUAGUGUCGGACCGAGGCACGUGUUUCACAUCUGAUUUGUUUACUGAGUUUUUAAAAGACGAAAACAUUCAGCAUGUUCUUAGCGCGGUGAGUACUUCAAGAGCCAACGGUCAGGUCGAACGCUUCAACAGAAUUCUAGCGCCAAUGUUGGCUAAGUUAAGUGAAGUCCCCUCUAAAUGGGAUCAAGUUUUAGUUGAUGUUGAAUAUUCUUUAAACAAUACAGUAUGUCGAGCGACUGGCGAUACUCCGUCACGAUUAUUAUUUGGAGUCGAUCAGAAAGGAAAGGUCAAUGAUUCGUUACGUAGCAUACUUGACUCAGAUGUGGAUCGCAACCUCGAAGAAAUCCGAGACCGAGCAGUUGAAAAAAACGAAAAGGUUCAAGCCCAGAAUGAAUGUCGAUAUAAUUUGCGGAGGAAAAGUGCACGUGAAUAUAAAGUAGGUGACUACGUCGAGAUUCGCAAUGUCGAAACCACACCCGGUAUAAAUAAGAAACUAAUACCGAAAUUUAAGGGACCAUAUGUCAUAAAAGCGGUUCUCGAUUACGAUCGAUAUAUUGUCACUGACAUUGAUGGAUUCCAGCUGACUCAGCGUCCAUACACGGGAAUUGUAGCGCCUGAUCAUAUGCGACCCUAUAUUCAUUAA